AUGGUUUCCUUGGAUCGGGUGAAGGUGCUGGUGUUGGGGGACUCAGGUGUGGGUAAAUCUUCUCUAGUUCAUCUCUUAUGCCAAAAUCAAGUGCUGGGAAAUCCAUCCUGGACUGUGGGCUGCUCAGUGGAUGUCAGAGUUCAUGACUACAAAGAAGGAACCCCAGAAGAGAAGACUUACUACAUAGAAUUAUGGGAUAUUGGAGGCUCUGUGGGGAGUGCCAGCAGUGUGAAAAGCACACGAGCAGUAUUCUACAAUUCUGUCAAUGGUAUUAUUUUAGUACAUGAUUUAACAAAUAAGAAAUCAUCCCAGAACGUGUAUCGUUGGUCACUGGAAGCUCUCAACAGGGAUUUGACACCAACUGGAGUCUUGGUAACAAAUGGGGAGUAUGAUCGGGAACAGUUUGCUGAUAACCAGAUCCCACUGUUGGUAAUAGGCACUAAAUUAGACCAGAUUCAUGAGACUAAGCGCCAUGAAGUUUUAACCAGGACUGCUUUUCUGGCUGAAGAUUUCAAUGCAGAAGAGAUUAAUUUGGACUGCACGAAUCCACGAUACUUAGCUGCUGGUUCCUCCAAUGCUGUCAAGCUCAGUAGGUUUUUUGAUAAGGUCAUAGAGAAAAGAUACUUUUUUAGAGAAGGAAAUCAGAUUCCAGGCUUUCCUGAUCGAAAGAGGUUUGGGGGAGGCACAUUAAAGAACCUUCAUUAUGACUGA